AUGUUACGCUCGGCCUCCGAUACGCCAACUCAACUUUUACGACUUGCUGCCAAACUUGACGAAUCCAAGGCCCAACUGCCUUCGAAGCAGAUGAGAGACUCUCUCUGUGGACUGGGAACCUUUAACGAGCCCUUCACGAUCAGGGCUCAUUCCGAAUCGCCGUACAACAACAAGCCCGUUACAUUCAGACCCGUGCGAAUAAUCGGGCGUUCUCAGCUGCCUUUGACCUUCCUCGACCUUUCCACCGAUGACGACUUCACCCCAAAUAGCCUCUUCGCCGCCCAAAUCGACAUCCUGGAACACGAGACCGAUACACAACAAGAUCAUGCAGGCCCCAGGAUACUCGUUGCGCGGCUCGAGGAGAAGAAUACAUUAUACGCAGUAGAGCGGGUACAACCCCGCGUCUAUAGUAUAUGCAGGCUUGCCAGCUGGCUCAAGGAGAAAGACGUUACGGACUUGUGGAAUCCUACGAAUCUCAAAGUGCUGCCAGCUCGCCCGAAGACGGAGGCGGAUACGGCUGGGCAGGGGAAAUGGUGGCAUCAAGCCGCGGUGGAGACGCACGCGCUGGAAUUACCAGCGAAACGAGCGCGGAUGACAAUGAUACGACCGAAAUCACGACAAGAGACGACGAUCGAACAAGUUCAACAGCCUGAAAUGACUAUUGAAGCUUCGGGGAUCGAGCAUUUGGACAUGAUUCCUACCGAACACCCUCUAGAGUCUAUGCUCGACGCACCAUCGCCACAAGAGCAACUUGACCUAUUGGUUCAACACUACUUGGACGCAGUCUACAUGUCCAAGACCUCGCUUGCAUACCUGGUGAAGGGUCCAAUCACUCGGAUACGGAACACAUUCACGUCAGCGGAGGAAGGAGCUCCGGCAACGCAUGAACUCGUUACAUUCUUGAAGACUAUGUUGCCAAGUCCCAAGGCCAGCGAAAAGAAAUAUCACGAGAAACUGCCAUCGUUGAUCAGGGAGAUACCACCCGGAAGCUACUCAGAUGAUGAGCACGCUGCAGUUGCUAGCAAGCCCAAGAAGUUAAAGAAAAAGCUGAAGCUCAGUCGAGAGGGCAUAUAUCCACAAGAAGAGGCAUUGGUCAAGAAAUGGUGGCAGUCAGAAUUGCCAAGCGGCGACAGCAUGGCUACGGAGACCCUAGAUCAGCGCAUCAGGAGGCGUAUUGGAGAUCUACGUGUCCGCGAGACGCUGGCUCAGCUGAUUCUCAUGCUCGAAAUUAUCGCACUAGAAGCACUCUCCACACACAAGCCACCUCCAGACCAACACUCUAUUGCGGACGGAACUCAGACUCAAAGCGAGCCGAAGAAGCGCAAGAAGAAACUCGACGACAUUAACUUGCAGCUCGAUUUGCUACUUGACAAACUCUGCAUUUGGCAUGCUACAGAAGAGAUGGGCAUACUAGACUUUGAUACAAAGCCAUCAAGACAGGACGCUUCCGACGGAUCUGGAAGAAACGGUUCCAGUGAUCGCUUACACAGUUUCUGCGUCGAAGUCAUAAUCCCCUUCUACAUCAAUCGACUACCUGAGCAGGCGCUCAUGGUCAAUAAGAAGCUUGGUGGACCCACGCAUAGCUUACCAACCAAACGGAAGGCAGCGAGACCGCCACUCAGCUCUCGUAAAUCCGGGAGUUUGAAAGAACCCGAGGCGAAGAAGUCACGACGCUCGUUAGCUCGUGUUGCGACAGACAAUACCGGACGGACCGUUGAACGAACAACACCUUCGCUGAGCCGAUCUGCCACCGAUUCGGCACUUCUAGACGGCAUCAAACGAGAGGGUAGCGAGGUCCCACUUUCCGCCAUACCUUUUCGACGGAGUCCGUCUAAGAGCGCCCGGCAAUCCAUGUCUCAGAUCCGACAUUUGCAGGGCCGCCAAAUCGAUCUCGCCCAGCCGUCGGCUGCUGCAUCAGCUAAGAUUAAGCACAAGCAGCGAGUCGAGGAAGAUCUCCAGGAGGCUAUACUAGCGCUGAAGAAGCCCAACCGUGGACUAGCUGCUGGUGGCUACGUUGCCGACCUCGAGCAACGCGGGCUGGGCUUGCCCAACAAGUCGAGGAAGCCAACAGUUACUGUGAGGAAGACCAUAAAAGAAGUCCAGGUGUCUGCAACGCCCCGAGUCAACAAGAGAACGAAGAAUAUGGUUGAGCAGACGCCGACCCACCACCACUACGACCCGUUCGUUAGGCCUCCCGGGGCGGAAGCACCUUCUUCCAGCGGAUUCUGCGUGCCGUCUUCAGGAGUGCGUCCACCAGCUGCGAUGGUGCCGGCAACGGGCCACCGCCACACGACGGCUCGAAAUCUAGCGCAGUCGGGCAUUGCCGAGACACCGUCCAAGGCACCAAACAGCCAACCUUUCUCUACGGAUUCAGUCCGGAGGAAGAUCUUCGCAACUCCGUUGAAGGCGGCGGCACCUUCUUUGGGCAGCAGAGAUCUUGCGCAGUCGCACGUGUUUGAGACACCUGUCAAAACUCGAGGUAGUUCACCUCAUGACGACACCGACUUUGCACUUCCUACGCUUUUUGCUACACCUACCAAACCUUUGUUUGCCCCAGUAACUGAAGUCGCCCCCGCAGUACUCGCUGCAGUGGACAAUGAUACCGUUGAGCCGUCGAUAUACGAUGCUCUGGGAUGGAACGACGACAAUGAUGGCUUCUGA